AUCAGAUGGUUAGAGGAAGGCCAUGGAGGCAUAUGCUUAGCUAGUCUUAUCAUGAAGUCUAUUCAACUCUGCUAGCGGGACAAGCUGACUUACUUUGCAAAAAAGACUUCCAGCAGCCGUCAGUCCAUAAAUGUGCAACGUCCUCGCUUGUGCUCGCCUGCACGCCGCGGAGGCGCUCAAACUGGCUGUUUUACGCACGACGCAACUCCAGCUCUGCUACUACUGAAACUUUUCUCAGCGGCUGUUUUCGUGACGAGCAGUGAAUUUUCGCCGAUGAAUUAAGGGAGACUACUUUUUCUUUGAAAGAAACAACUUGCUUUUCUGAAAAAAAAAAAGAAAUAUCUAGGAUGCCUCGUCCGGGGAGAAACACGUACAGCGACCAGAAGCCACCUUACUCUUAUAUCUCCCUCACUGCCAUGGCGAUCCAGAGCUGCCCCGAGAAGAUGCUGCCUCUCAGUGAAAUUUACAAAUUCAUCAUGGAUAGAUUCCCUUAUUACAGGGAAAACACUCAGCGGUGGCAAAACUCUCUGCGGCACAAUCUGUCCUUCAACGAUUGUUUUAUCAAAAUCCCCCGACGCCCAGACCAGCCAGGUAAGGGCAGUUUCUGGGCUCUGCACCCCAACUGCGGGGAUAUGUUUGAGAAUGGAAGUUUUUUGAGACGCCGCAAAAGGUUCAAAGUGUUGGGUGCAUCUGAUCAUUUGGCUCCCAGUAAGCAAUCAGAUGCUGCUCAUUACCUCCAGCAGCAAGCCAAACUCAGACUGAGCGCCCUGGCAGCCACCGGCACGCACCUUCCUCAGAUGUCAACUUACAACCUCGGAGUGACUCAGUCAUCCACUUUUAAGCAUCCAUUUGCCAUCGAGAACAUCAUCGCCCGAGAGUACAAGGUCCCAGGAAGUCUGGCGUUUUCCACCAUGCAGUCCAUGUCUGCCGGGUAUCCGCUCCACAACCAGCUGACGACGGCCUGGCCCCACAUGUACAACAGCAGCAUGAUUGACACGGCGGCCCCUAUCUCCAUGGCAAGCAGCGACUACAGUGCCUAUGGCGUGCCCAUAAAGUCCCUGUGCCACGGAGGACAGUCAUUACCGGCUAUUCCUGUGCCAAUCAAGCCCACUCCGACCUCCAUGCCCGGUUUUUCGGCGCUACCUCCCCACAUCCCCGCGUUUCUGUCAAACUCUCCCCAGUCUCUGAGCCCGACCUCCCCACAGACAGCGACAAGCCAAAGCAGCCCCGCAACCCCGAGCGAGACUCUGACGAGCCCCUCCACACUGCAGUCUGUGGCUGUGCACUGACCACCCAAACUGUCCCAGUCAAAAGAACUGCUGGCUGCGCCCAGGCCUCCCUUUACCGAACCCAAAGUUUAUAUUUUCUGCCGUCGGAAACUAUCAAGGCGAGUUGCAGUUGCAUAUCGAUUUAUUUGUGUAUGUGUUGAAUAUGUCGCUUUAAAUUGUGUCAAGUCCAGCACAGAAUCGCACAGCGAACUAUUGCUCUUGAAAAUAUAAAUUAUUUGAUAGUUUUAUUUUUUAGUCUGUUGUGAUAUGUGAGUGUUGACAGUGGAGCUACUGAGGGGAUCGAAGGGAAUUUUUGUUUUGGCAGAAAAAAAAACUCCAGUGGCAGUUUUCCAGUCUUAUCAAAUGACAGAACUUUGCACCGUUUCAGUGGGACCACUGUAAUGUCAAUGAAAUUGAGAGGCAAUGGCUCCGUGUUUUAUUUGCUUUUAACAACGGAAUGAUGACUAAAGUUAUACCAAAUAGGAGUAGGAUUUAGACUUGUUCUUACCAUCCCUGGAAAAAAAAAAAAAAAAAAAAAAGAAGAAGAAGAAGAAGGAGCAACUUGAGUUAUAAAAUCUUUUCAGUAUUGAAAAGUAGCAUUGUGAAACGUCCUCAAAAUGCAAGAUGUGAAUAUUACAAACUGAUACUGAAAUGUUGUAAAAUGCACUUUUUAGUUUUAUGUUUUAGAUAUCUAUUUUGCAGAAAAAUGUUCUGUGAAGCAUUUAAUUUAAAAACAGUGGUGACCACGUGUAUCAGAUGCUGUAAAUUUGUACUUUUUUAGGUAAAGCAUGCUUUCUAAAAAAAAAAAAAAAAAAAAAGAAAAAAACAAACAAAAAAACCGUAUUGUUCCUGUUGUUGUUGUUGUUGUUGUUGUUGUUUUUGUUUUCUCUCUUUUUUCCAAGCAUGCGUGCUUUCCAAAAGUGUGCAAACAGGCUGCAAUGAAUUGGAAAAAAAAAGGUCAUCAAAAUAUUUUCUCAUUAAAAGUGAAGUAAACCAUAUGAAUGUUUCUGUAGAUUUUA